CUCCGUACCAACCAUACGCACGUGGCUUGAAACAUAAGAUAGGAUUGCAAGAACUCGAGUAUUUCACAGAAUUCCAGUAUAUUGUACAGAUAAUUGUCGUCAAGAAAAGAAAAAGAAACGAUAAUGCAAAAUACUGCUAUACACUGUGUCAGCCAGCAACAAGGUCGUCACUAUGCCUGCCAAGAGGACGUGGGUUGCAGUUACCACUACAUUUUUUACAAUACAUUUCGUAUGCACUUUCCUACCCCUCAGCGCCGCUCCCAUAGCCUAUGCUGGGAACACAAAGACAAUCUUGCAGCAGACCACGAACAUGAGGCAAGAAAUGAACAGACCAAAGAGGCACUGCGUAGAUUUUUUAAAGAAAAUGCAAGUACUGAUGAGCAAGCAAUUUCUCCUUCUGACACGAAAAGGCAGAUGCUCCUGUAUCUUAUAAAGAGAGAAGCAGCAAAGAAGAGGAACAAGAAAACGAGGGAGACAAGUCAUCUGCAUGAUCCUAUGGAAAAAGAUCUUAUAAAUAUCUUUCAAUUCAAAGACUUAAAUGAGGUACCUCAUGCUGCCCAGACCCAAGGCCUUUUUAAGUUAUCUCCACAGAGUCCUCAGCAGUUCCUCACUCUCUUCAAAGACCUACAGAAAGCAUCACUGAAGGAUAUUACUGCGGUUGACAAAGCCACAUCUUUCUCCACCAUACUCAAGAAACUUACCAAAGAUCAAAGAAUCAAGGACAUUCUUCCACCACCAGGACUUAGGGAAUAUCCUUUAACCCAAUACUCUCAGUCACAACUGCAAUCUAUACCUACAUUGAGAUGUCGUAAACUUGAAAUAGCCUGGAUUGCAAAGAUCAAUGCUUUAUUCAUGUCUCAAGAAACCCCAUCACAAACAUCACAGAGAGAUGAUGAAUGUUUGCAAGACUGGAAGGUUCUUGCUUCUCACUGGGAAUCCCUCUACCGCAAGUACUUUUUCAUGGGAUUGCACCAUCAACCUAAAAAACAGGAAGGUUCUCUAUGGCCGUACUUCCCCUGGGUAUCCACUAGCCAAGCGUAUGACCAUUGUAUUUCUGAAUUUGGAAAUUCCAAUAUACCAACUCGAUGCAGUAAGUCAUACCAUCCUGCCAUCUUCUCAUUGUAGUGAGUCAUGCUAAGUCACUAUUAUCUGUUUGCAUACACAGACCAUGAUAAGAGAUUGAAGACCACUACAUCUUCACUUCUCAACAUAAAAGAAUAUGUAUCAUAAUGCAUGAAUGGAAGAUUCUACUGAUUUAUUUUCUUUCAUGUUCAGAAGGCAAUUUCAGAAUUAUGCAAUUCUGAUAACUUUUUGAAUGGCAUUAUAAAGAAAAAUUAAGUGUUACUGUGCAUCUACACAAGUUUGUUCAUAAGAUUUUGUUUUUUUAUUCAUAUAUUUGCUAAUGGAAAAUACAUUUCUGCAUUUAUUUACUGUUGAUUAUUUUAUGAGUGCAGUUGAAAGUGAAUAGAGUAUGAUGUGACUACUCAUGAAUUGUAAUGCUUUUUUAUAUAAGUACGAUAUAUGAUAUAAUCAGAAUAUAUUUUAAUGUUAUGAACACUUCUAUAUUUAUUGGUAGGUGAGAGGGGUGGAGGCUCUUUUACUAUGGCUCCCACCUAGAGGGAUGCUCACAAAGUGAGAGCAGCAUCAGAGGGAUACAGUAGACAAAUAGAUGUAAACUAUAAAGCUUACUAAUUUGGGUAAUGAGUCACUCCUUCGUUGCGGAAGGUUUAUUUCACUCAAGUUAGAUGUACAUUACAAAACAAAAUAUAACAUCCUUUGUAUGUGGGAUAGCUACUGAACAAUAAACUGAUGGAAAAUGAA